AUGCGGCAGGUUUGCUGCUCAGCGCUGCCGCCGCCGCCACUGGAGAAGGCUCGGUGCAGCAGCUACAGCGACAGCAGCAGCAGCGAGAGGAGCAGCAGCGGCAGCAGCGGCGGCGAGAGCAGCAGCAGCAGGAGCAGCAGCAGCGACAGCAACAGCGGCAUCUCUCGUCCCGCUGCGCCCCCAGAGCCGCGGCCGUCGCAACAGCCGCAGCCCCGCAGCCCCGCAGCCCGGAGAGCCGCCGCCCGCUCGCGAGCCGCAGCCGCCGGCGGCAUGAGGCGCGACCCGGCCCCCGGCUUCUCUAUGCUGCUCUUCGGUGUGUCGCUCGCCUGCUACUCGCCUAGCCUCAAGUCGGUGCAGGACCAGGCGUACAAGGCACCCGUGGUGGUGGAGGGCAAGGUACAGGGGCUGGCCCCGGCCGGCGGCUCCAGCUCCAACAGCACCCGUGAGCCGCCCGCCUCGGGUCGGGUGGCACUGGUGAAGGUGCUGGACAAGUGGCCGCUCCGGAGCGGGGGACUGCAGCGCGAGCAGGUGAUCAGCGUGGGCUCCUGUGCGCCGCUCGAAAGGAACCAGCGCUACAUCUUUUUCCUGGAGCCCACGGAGCAGCCCUUAGUCUUUAAGACAGCCUUUGCCCCUCUUGACACCAACGGCAAAAACCUCAAGAAAGAGGUGGGCAAGAUCCUGUGCACUGACUGCGCCACCCGGCCCAAGCUGAAGAAGAUGAAGAGCCAGACGGGACAGGUGGGUGAGAAGCAAUCACUGAAGUGUGAGGCAGCAGCCGGUAACCCCCAGCCCUCCUACCGCUGGUUCAAGGACGGCAAGGAGCUCAACCGCAGCCGCGACAUUCGCAUCAAGUACGGCAAUGGCAGAAAGAACUCACGACUACAGUUCAACAAGGUGAAGGUGGAGGACGCUGGGGAGUACGUCUGCGAGGCUGAGAACAUCCUGGGGAAGGACACCGUCAGGGGCCGGCUCUUCGUCAACAGCGUGAGCACUACCCUAUCAUCCUGGUCGGGGCACGCCCGCAAGUGCAACGAGACAGCCAAGUCCUAUUGUGUCAACGGAGGCGUCUGCUACUACAUCGAGGGCAUCAACCAGCUCUCCUGCAAAUGUCCAAACGGAUUCUUCGGACAGAGAUGUUUGGAGAAACUGCCUUUGCGAUUGUACAUGCCAGAUCCUAAGCAAAAGCACCUUGGAUUUGAACUAAAGGAAGCCGAGGAGCUGUACCAGAAAAGGGUCCUGACUAUCACCGGCAUUUGCGUGGCUCUGCUGGUCGUGGGCAUCGUCUGCGUGGUCGCCUACUGCAAGACCAAAAAACAGCGGAAGCAGAUGCAUAACCACCUUCGACAGAACAUGUGUCCAGCCCACCAGAACCGGAGCUUGGCCAAUGGGCCCAGCCACCCCCGGCUGGACCCUGAGGAGAUCCAGAUGGCAGACUAUAUCUCCAAGAAUGUGCCAGCCACAGACCAUGUCAUCCGGAGGGAAACGGAGACCACCUUCUCCGGGAGCCACUCCUGUUCUCCUUCUCACCACUGCUCCACAGCCACGCCCACCUCCAGCCACAGGCAUGAGAGCCACACGUGGAGCCUGGAACAUUCUGAGAGCCUGACCUCCGACUCCCAAUCGGGCAUCAUGCUGUCAUCAGUGGGCACCAGCAAGUGCAACAGCCCAGCGUGUGUGGAGGCGCGGGCACGGCGGGCAGCAGCCUACAGCCUAGAGGAGCAGCGCAGGGCUGCUGUGCCACCUUACCAUGACUCCAUAGACUCCCUGCGUGACUCCCCACACAGCGAGAGGUAUGUGUCGGCCCUGACCACGCCCGCGCGCCUCUCUCCCGUGGACUUCCAUUACUCGCUGGCCACGCAGGUGCCGACUUUCGAGAUCACGUCCCCCAACUCGGCGCACGCCGUGUCGCUGCCGCCCGCCGCGCCCAUCAGCUACCGCCUGGCGGAGCAGCAGCCGCUCCUGCGGCACCCGGCGCCCCCCGGCCCCGGUCCAGGGCCCGGGACCGGUGCGGACAUGCAGCGCAGCUACGACAGCUACUACUACCCCGCGGCGGGACCGGGGCCGCGGCGCGGGGCCUGCGCCCUAGGCGGCAGCCUGGGCAGUCUGCCCGCCAGCCCUUUCCGCAUCCCCGAGGACGACGAGUACGAGACCACGCAGGAGUGCGCACCCCCACCGCCGCCGCGGCCGCGCGCCCACGGCGCGUCCCGUAGGACGUCGGCUGGGCCCCGGCGCUGGCGCCGCUCGCGCCUCAACGGGCUGGCGGCGCAGCGCGCACGCGCGGCGCGGGACUCGCUGUCGCUGAGCAGCGGCUCGGGAGGCGGCUCGGCUUCCGCCUCGGACGACGAAGCAGACGACGCGGACGGGGCGCUAGCGGCCGAGAGCACGCCUUUCCUCGGCUUGCGUGCGGCGCACGACGCGCUGCGCUCGGACUCGCCGCCGCUCUGCCCGGCGGCCGACAGCAGGACUUACUACUCCCUGGACAGCCACAGCACGCGGGCCAGCAGCAGACACAGCCGCGGGCCGCCCCCGCGGUCCAAGCAGGACUCGGGGCCCCUCUAG